CUCUGCAUUUAGCAGAGUAGGGACCAGCUUUGGGGGCGCAAAGGAGCAAGGCAGGUUUCUCAAGACGAGCCUCUCGCAUUAGUCAAGCCUCAAGUGCAGUAUUGAGUGAGUUGGUGGUUGCUACAUCUUCAAAGCCGUAAGAGCGGCACCCUGAGUGUGCUUGUGUUUUAGUAAAGUUUGGGAUAGAAACCAACUCGAUCAUCAACUUGAUCAACUUGUACUGCCUUGGCUGUAAUUGAGUGAUUGUCCCGCCGUUCGGCAAGGGGACAUUCGUCUACUCAGAAGUUACACGAAGCAGGUGUGUGAAGACGAUAGAAGGUGCGAAAGAGCAGACAUAGCGGAACAAGAGGAAUCCAAGCAUGGGAGACCUGAGUGUCCUCCAUCUGCCGUCGGGCCCGACGGCCGCGGUUGCAAAAUUGCACCCGGUCGUCCUGUUUAACAUCAGUGAUGCAUACAUCCGGCGGAAUGAGGGCCAGGAGAGAGUGAUUGGAACGCUCUUGGGGACAGUGAGCAGCGACGGCACAGUGGAGAUCAAGAAUUCAUAUGCAGUGCCUCACAAAGAGACGAGUGAUGAGGUUGCGGUUGACAUUGACUUCCACCAGCGGAUGUUUGAUCUGCACCACCAAGUGAACCCUAAAGAAGCCAUCGUCGGCUGGUACUCCACUGGCGCCGGGGUCAGUGUCAGUGACGCCCUGAUCCAGGACUUCUACUCACGGGAAGCAAACAAUGCGAUCCUGUUGACGGUGGACACGGCGUUCACGACCGAGAAGCUGAAGCUCAAGGCGUUUGUGUCGACGCCAGUGCAGCUGGGGGACCGCCAGCUGGCGGCGCAGUUCCACGAGAUCCAGCUGGACUUGCGGCUCGUGGAGGCAGAGAGAGUUGGCUUCGAGGUGUUGAAGGAGACGCAGACGGAUCGGCUGCCGAACGAGAUCGAGGGGCUUGAGGCAACGGUGGAGCGGUUGCGAGGGAUGGUCGAUACUGUGGCGCAGUAUGUCAACAAAGUAGUGGACGGAAAGAUCCCGGCGGACAACACGAUCGGGCGGUACCUCGCAGACACGGUCGCUGUUGUGCCGAGAAUAAACCCCGAAAGCUUCGACUCGCUCUUCAACGAUAGUGUACAGGAUAUGCUGCUUGUUCUCUACCUCGCCAACCUCACAAGAACCCAACUAGCUCUCGCCGAGAAGCUCAACACAGCAAGCGCACCCGUGUAGACAUAGAAGAGUUUUUGCUUGCUCAGUUUCUGCGCUGAGCCCAUUGCUUUCGCCAAGUGCCGAAGGCAUUCAGAGUCCGAGGGGUUAAUUGUUUUGAGCACGUUCCAAGGGGAGGGAUCAGUGAGUUUCCGAAAAAAGAUGCGUCAGCUAAGGGAUUUCCGGAGGUGUUCGGCGCUCGAUUGCGCUGUUAUGCAUUCAGGGACGGUAGGAGAGCAACGAACCAGAAACUUGUCUAAUCCGAGUAUCGCAAUAAAGUGGCUUUUUUGGCCUUUCGAUCAAAGAGCACGCAAGUUGGCCGAUAGCUGCUUUGAGUUGCCACAGUUCGU